AUGUUUACACCUUUCUUUCGAAAACUAAGAAAAGGAUUCUGGGUCUUAGAAUCCAAAGGAACAGCUCUCAACUAUGCUGAGUUUGACGAAGAAGUGGACGUGGCAACAACAGUGCCAGAUGAUGUCAAGGAAGGAUAUUUUACAGUCUUUGCAGUGAAGGGAAAGGAAACACAGAGGUUUGUCAUUGAACUAGACAAGUUAACAAACCCUGCAUUCCUGAGUCUACUGGAGAAGGCUCGGGAAGAAUAUGGUUUCCAGCAGAAGGGGGUUCUUUCUCUUCCUUGUCGACCUCAAGAAUUACAGGAGAUUCUGGAACAUGGGAAAGUAAAUGAGGCUGGUGCUGAAGGCUGGACUAAAACGGAUGCUAGCCUACUAGAAAGCUACUAG